GUAUAGUACUAAUUAUAUUCGACUGGGAUCACGUCUGAUCAGUGAAUUCGUCCAAUAUGUCCUCGAGUGUUGUGAAAUGGCUGUUCCUCAGUCAUGCUUUUAUAUUUGUAUCAAGUAUGUCCGAAGUGGGGGUCGAGCUACGGGCACCACGAUUUGUGGUACAUGGACACAGCGCACAAGUGCGAUGCGAGCAUAACGUGGACCCAGGAACUAUAUACAAGGUUGUCUUCUUCAAGAACAGCCAUCGAAUUAUGCAGUACGUGCGAGGAAGAGAUCCGCCGUACGAGUUCUAUAAUUUCUCUGGAGCUGAUAUAAAUUUGAUCAAAGUGACACCGACAUCGCUUACACUAGACAGAAUGGAUUUUAACGCUGCCGGGACCUACGCCUGUGAAAUUGCGAUGGAAAUUCCUUUGUACUCGAAACUGUCAAAAAUACACGAAGUCAAUGUUAUAGUUCGCCAAAAACACCGUCCAAAAAUAAAGAUAAGACAACAAAAGUUAUCACCAAAUGGCGACUUGGAGGCCACCUGUCACAGUUCAGCGGCCUAUCCAGCACCACAUCUCACAUGGCUGGUCAAUAAUGUUAAGGUCGAUGAAAGGUUAACAAUUCCUCACGGCACAGUCAAUGUCCACCGAUACCAUCAUGGAAUGCCGUUGACCCUUACCAACUCGUCUUUGCGUUUCCCACUUUCAAGCCUUCAACUACACCCGAACCAGACUGUUGACAUCACCUGUCUGAGCACCAUACCUAGUUAUCCUACUGUGGGGGAAGGUUAUGCUGACAUACAGAAUCAGACUAUCACAGUAAACCUAGUUCGAUUGGAACCAGCGCCUACUCAACUACCUGUCAAAAUAUUAAGCAGCGAACAGAAUAAAUCGGAACGACUUAAAAUAUACAACUAUCUUAUUAUCAUGAUAGGCAUAAUAUACUAUAAUAUAUUGGGUGUUUAAUGUAUACUGAAAAAAAAACAUUUCGAAUAUACUAGAGUUCCGAAAUAACAAAAUAUUUCUUACGGAAUCUAAUUAUUAAUUUGUGAUAAAUUAUAUUAUGCUGUACUUGAGUUUAAUGAAGAUAAUUUACUUACGAAGUUGGCAAGUUAAUGUCACCUCUUAAGCCGAUAAAUUAUGUAAAGUUAACUUUAUGUUGGUAAUAACAAUUGAAUUAAUUAUUUUAGUCUCCAUAGUAUACACGUGUAAAGACAACUGCGAUAAUGAGGCUUAUAUUGCCAGAAAAUAACGGCUUAGUUUACAAUAUUUUAUAAAUAAAUUUUAUUUCCAUCUACGAACGUAGAUAACGCUUCUUUGACUGCUUUGUAACUUUUACAAACUUAUGUACGCAAAAAUAUGAGACUGAAUAUAAAUUAAAAUUAGGCUUGUCCUAAUUAUGCCCCUUUGAAUUUCGUAUACCCGUUUCGCCUAACCCUUAACAAUCUGAUUUUAUUCAUAGUUUUUUUGUUGGUUUGGUAUUUGGUCUAUAUAUAUGUUUCUUAUUAGUAGAUUAGGCGAAUAUACAACUUUUCAGUUAAAAUUUCAGUAUUGUGUUCGGUGUUUAUCCCUUUUUACGUACGAUAUAACUAAAG